AUGGCUGAGCAACGCAGAGGCCCCGGAAGGCCCAGAACAAGGAAUGUGGAGCCCGAGCAAUCAGCCGGAGGUGCAGGCGUGCCUUGGCAACAGAUGAUGCAGCAGAUGAUGCAGCAGAACCAGAUGAUGGCUCAAAUGAUGCAAGGCAUGCAAGGACAACAACCUCCUACUCAAGCUCCCGUACCUCAAGCUGCAGCUGGACCAGAUUUUCGUGCCUUCUUCAGGAUGGAUCCUCCGGAGUUCGUUGGUGGACUUGACUCACUCUUGGCUCAUGAUUGGUUAGCUGGUAUGGAGAGGGUGUUUCAAGCUAUUCAGUGUACUGAAGAAGAGAAGGAGAUUCCUAAGGAUUGGCAACACUUCAAGGUUGCAUUCUUGGAGAAGUAUUUUCCUAAUAGUGUGAGAACUCAGAAGGAGCGAGAAUUUCAGAACUUCAAACAAGGUGACAUGUCUGUUUCAGAAUAUGCAGAGAAGUUCGAGGACUUGGCAGACUACUCCAGACAGGCUGUUUAUGCUCCAGAUGAAUUAUGGAAGAUCGAUCAGUUCAUGAUGGGUUUGAGGGCCGACAUUGCCCAUAGCGUUUCCCAAAGAGAGUUCACCACUUAUGCUGAAUGA